UAGGGGAAGGAUAUUGUGCAACGUGGCGAAAUAAAAUCCUGCCACGUGGAAGAAUUUUAGCCUAUAAAUAGUGAGAAUCUUCUCUCUCGCAUCUGAAUGAAGAGUACAGUAGUCCCAAUAGAUUCUGAUUCUAUGUUAUCGAUCUCCACGAUAAAGUUCCCAGGUUCCAAUCCAAUGGUUCAAUCUAUAAAAGGAUAGAAUCCUCGGAAGGAUUCCAAUCCAAUGGUUUUUCAUCUAAAUAACAGUGCAUACCUGCAAACCAAUGGAGAGUUGCAGAGAAGAGCAGAAACCCAAGCUAGGGAAUGGCUUGGGCAACGUUGAUUUCAAUGCCAACAACCUUUCCGAGUCCAAGAAGACGACCACCACCACAACCCAUCAAACACCGCCAUUUUAUUGCCACGUUAGCCGCUGCAGGAACAGAGGAAAAGCCAGCCCAACCAACGCCUGUCAACUGUCGCCCGGCCGUUAUUCUUCCAGGCUUAGGGAACAAUUCAAGUGAUUAUCAGAAGCUUCAGGUUACGUUGAAAGAAUAUGGUGUGCCCACAGUGGUUGCUAAAGUUUCUAGAGUUGAUUGGCUCAGGAAUGCAGCUGGCUUGUUGGAUCCCAAUUAUUGGAGGGGAACCCUUCGUCCUCGGCCUGUUCUUGAUUGGUAUCUGAAGAGGGUCGAUGAAGCAGUUCAGGAAGCAAGGAUAUUAGCUGAAGGUCAGAGUUUAUCCUUAAUUGGGCACUCAGCUGGAGGAUGGCUUGCACGUCUUUACAUGGAAGAAUUUGGCCUGUCAAACAUUUCCUUGUUAUUGACUCUGGGAACCCCUCAUUUACCACCUCCAAAGGGAUUGCCAGGAGUAAUUGAUCAAACAAGGGGCCUCUUGGAUUAUGUUGACAGAUAUUGUGCAAAAGCUAUAUAUACACCAGACUUGAAAUAUGUAUGUAUUGCGGGGAGGUAUAUUCAAGGGGCUCGCUUAUUUUCCGAUUCCAAUCUGGAUUCUAAUUCCAUGGUCCUCUUAGACAACAGUGAAUCCAUGACAGAAUUGACUGUUGUUAGUAACACGAAUGAGUCAACAUCAACUGCUCCGACCUUGCGUGCCCGCUUCAUUGGUCAGGGAUACAAGCAGGUUUGUGGUCAGGCAGAUGUUUGGGGUGAUGGGGUGGUUCCUGAGUCAUCAGCUCAUCUAGAGGGUGCAUUGAAUAUUACCUUGGAUGGAAUUUACCACUCACCAGUUGGUUCAGAUGACACACUGAGACCCUGGUAUGGCUCACCUGCUAUUGUGGAGACAUGGAUACAUCACCUUCUCAGCUAACCAUUAUUACUUGAAGGGGAAAGCAGAAAUUCAAUGUUACCAUGUUAUCAUGUUAUAUUUAUUUAUUUAUCUAUAUUUUUGUGCUCCUUUAUUUUCACUGUAUAUUAUAGAAACAUUGAGCUGAGGGCAAUCUCCAUCUUUCUUGGUCUUAUAACUUUAUUUUAUUUUUGGUUGGGUGAGGGGGUCAGGUCGGUGGUGGGGAAGACUUGAGAAAGGGAAAACAUGAAAGACUUGCACUUUUAUAUAAUCUACUUGCCAUCCCACCUUUUUUCCUAAUUACUGUUAAUUAAGUGAACUUUUCAAUCAAUUCAUUGACACUGGUUCAACUUUCA